AUGAGGUCCAAGUUUUCUCAAGCUGCUCUGCAGCCCUUUAUUCUAGGAGUGUUGCUGUCACUGGUGGACACCAAAGGAACCUUCUAUGGAACAGGCCAUGGGAACCCGUUCUUUGGAGGAAGUCAUGGCAACAGAUACAACCUGUACAAGGCUGGAGUCAACCCACACUACACCCCGGGCAAACCCAUGACCCGCCACAAGUAAGUGCACCUCCUGAAACUGCGCCUAACUUCACCUUUACUAGUCUUACUCCAUUGUAAUGAUUGGGAUUGAUACAGCACCUCUCCAAGUGAAAGGGACUUCCAUGGCAAAUAGAAAUCUGGACUUAUAGCUCUUUUCCAAGUCUUCAAAAUAAUUAACAAUACCACACCUUCUGCUGUUUCCCUUGAGUAACACAUUCAUCUUAUCUUAUCUCUUAACCCAUGUUACGGAUGGGUAAUAAAAAUAUGCUUUUGGUUAGUGCAUCGCGUCAAUAACACUGGCUGAAUUGACUCUGUUUCUCUCUCUCUCUCACACACACACACACACACACACACACACACACACACCAUCAGCCAUUCUCUGCGGUUAAAACCAUCUGUGACUGAGGAUAAACAUUAUGAAGAAACAUGCUGCAUUAUGGAGACAAAGAGCUCAUUAUAAGGGGAGCGCUGAGCUGAUUUCAGGGGUAUUGAUCUUCUGAGCUGUGUGUGUGUGUGUGUGUGUGUGUGUGUGUGUGUGUGUGUGUGUGUGUGUGUGUGUGUGGUGGGGGGGGGGGGGGGGGGGGGGGGUCAAUUAGAAGCAGACCUACAGCUGGGUACCCCUAGCCAGAUGGGAGUGGUGCUAGUGGAAGUCUAAACCAGUACCAGGGGUUGUUGCUUUUGGAUCCUGUUUUAGUCAUGUAGUAAUUCCCAGCUCAAUUCAAUCAAACCCUUAUUGAGGUACAGCAUAUUUUGGGAAGGGAAAAACCUACUACUACUACUACUUGACAGGCUCCCCUCACAGUGAGUCUUGAGGCUUGUGUCAAAAUAAGAAGUGUGUGUGUGCUGGCUUUAAGUUUGGCAAUGAAGACAUGACUGUGGUGAAUUUGAUUGAAUUCCAGCCUCAGUAUAAUUCAACACUAGGCUACAGUAGAUUUACCGUAAGGGGUAAAAAUGUGGGGACAUACUUUGUGCUCUGACGCAAGUAAAGCUUUUGAUCUCUUCUAGUCACCACCAAAUACUUACUCAAGUGAUAAAAUAGCUGGCUCUAGGGGGAGAAUCUCUCGCUCCAGUUCAUGUGGUUCUCUCCCUCGUUUUAUUAUAAAACCUAAAAGGACUAUCAUGGCAGUUAAUUGAUUAUACACAAGAACAUAGCUUGGGAGUGACCCAUGCUGAAAAAAGUGCUAAGAACAGAGAGAUGUUGUGCAUUGCAGAGAGAGAGAGAAUUCUACAUGGCAUGUUGUGGUUUGUCCCUGGGGUCUUUCUGUUCUCUCCUUUCCCCCUUUCUCUUGCUUGGCUUCCCCUGAGAGCUGGACCACUCUGGACAGCUCCCCAGCUACCUGCUGCCUUCCUCUACCAGCCCCAGCAGACAAACCCUGGCCCUACUUAGUCUUUACCCUCACCCUCACCCUCCCUCACACCCCUCCCUCUUCCCUCACCCCUCCCUCACCCUCCUUCCUCCUCACCACUCCCUCACCCUUCCCACACCCUCCUUUCGCAUCACCGCUCCCUCACCCCUCCCUCCCUCAUCCUUACCCUCACCCUCCUUCCUCCUUACCACUCCCUCACCCUCAACCCUCCUUCACCCUCCUCCUUCCUCAACUCUCCCUCACCCUUCUCACCCCUCCUCACCCUAAUUGACCAAGCAGACAGACCCUGACCCAGCCCAACGUAGUCUUUAUCCCAACUCAUAACCCGCUUCUCUCACAUGCCUCACCCAUAUCCAGAGGUGUAAAAUAACUUUUUACUGUAAUUGAGUAGCUUUUCCAAGUACUUUUUGGAAUAUUUUUCAAAGAUAGUAAUUUUACUUCUACUUGAGUAGGAUAUUUCAGUACUCUUUCCACCCUUGGUGAGGGAGAGAAAGGGAGUUUGUGAGUCUUUAUCAUACCGUCAUCCAUAUAUUCACCACAACAUUCCUCACUAGAACUCACUCACUCUCUCUCCCCUUCCUCAGUCUCUCUACACUCACUACCUCUCUCUAACCCUCUCCUUCACCUUCAACCACCUUCCUCCUGAUCCCUCCGUCUCACCCUCCCCCUUCCUCCUGAUCACUCCAUCUCCCCCUCCUCCUCCUCCCCCUUCCUCCCUAUCCCUCCAUCUCACCCUUGCCUUACAUCUCCAUAGAGACAGUAGGUGUUUUACAGGGAAGUCUAAAAUGGCUGAAAUGCCGCUGUCACGAGCCAGGGCUUACCAACACACUGCCUGGUGCUCCUUUAUAGUGGCAUAUUGUUUGGUUUACGACAGGGGCACUGACGCCAAUAGGUUUAAAUAUACACACAGGAACACACAUACAGUCUUGUACAACUAACCUUGUGGGGACACACAUUUCAGUCCCAUUCAAAUCCUAUUUUCCCUAACCCUAACCCGUACCCUAACACUAACCUUAACCCUAACCUUAACCCGAAAACCUAGCCUUAACCCUAAACCUAACCCUAGCUCCUAACCCUAAGCCUAAACCUAAUUCUAACCCUAACACUAAUUCUAACCUUAACCCCAAACCCCCUAGAAAUAGCAUUUUACCUUGUGGGGACCAACAAAAUGUCCCCAGUUGGUCAAAUGUGUGUUUGUUUGCUAUUAUUGUGGGGGGACACACACACACACAUACACAAACACAUCCAGAUUCAUGGUCUAUAACCGUGGCAUACUGUAGGAGUAUAAUAAGUACUUGAACCCCUGCAGCCAAUGAGUAUUUAAAGAGUUGAGCGUGGUAAUCUUGAAUUCUGUGCCUUUAGCUGCAGUGGAGACUGACAUAGUUGAAGGUAAGCAGAAAGAGACAGGGUGAACAUAUAUCUAUCCUCCAGUUGUAAUAAUAGGCUGUCUAACUCACCCAGGUCAUACAGGACCCUGGGGAUCUGUCACAAGCAGACAGCCACCAUAGAUAUAUGACUUCAGUUGGUGUCUGGGGCAGUGGAUAUACACUACAUGACCAAAAGUAUGUGGACGCCUGCUCGUCGAACAUCUCAUUCCAAAAUCUUGGCCAUUAAUAUGGAGUUGGUCCCCCCUUUUCUGCUAUAACAGCCUUUUAUUUUAUUUUAUUUCACCUUUAUUUAACCAGGUAAGCCAGGUGAGAACAAGUUCUCAUUUACAACUGCGACCUGGCCAAGAUAAAGCAAAGCAGUGCGAUAAAAACAACAACACAAAGUUACAUAUGGGGUAAAACAAAACAUAAAGUCAAAAAUACAACAGAAAAUAUAUAUACAGUGUGUGCAAAUGUAGCAAGUUAUGGAGGUAAGGCAAUAAUUAGGCUAUAGUGCAAAAUAAUUACAAUUAGUAUUAACACUGGUAUGAUAGAUGUGCAAGAGGUGAUGUGCAAAUAGAGAUACUGGGGUGCAAAUUAGCAAAAUAAAUAACAAUAUGGGGAUGAGGUAGUUGGGUGGGCUAAUUUCAGAUGGGCUGUGUACAGGUGCAGUGAUCGGUAAGGUGCUCUGACAACUGCCUCCACUCUUCUGGGAAGGCUUUCCACUAGAUGUUGGAACAUUGUUGCUGGGGCUUGCUUCCAUUCAGCUACAAGAGCAUUAGUGAGGUCGGGCACUGAUGAUGGGCGAUUAGGCCUGGCUCGCAGUCGGCGUUCCAAUUCAUCCCAAAGGUGUUCGAUGGGGUUGAGGUCAGGGCUCUGUGCAGUCCAGUCAAGUUUUUCCACACCGAUCUCGACAAACCAUUUCUGUAUGGACCUCGCUUUGUACACAGGUAGUCCCAUGUAGCUCAGUUGGUAGAGCAUGGCGUUUGCAAUGCCAGGGUUGUGGUUCGAUUCCCACAGGGGGCCAGUAUGAAAAAUGUAUGCACUCACUAACUGUAAGUUGCUCUGGAUAAGAGCGUCUGCUAAAUGACUAAAAUGUAAAUGUAGGUGCAUUGUCAUGCUGAAACAGGAAAGGGCCUUCCCCAAACUGUUGCCACAAAGUUGUAAGCACAGAAUCGUCUAGAAUGUUAUUGUUUGUUGUAGCGUUAAGAUUUUCCUUCACUGGAACUAAGGGUCCUAGACCGAACCAUGAAAAAACAGCCCCAGAACAUUAUUCCUCCUCCACCAAACUUUACAGCUGGCACUAUGCAUUGGUAGCAUUCUCCUGGCAUAUGCCAAACCAAGAUUUGUCCGUCGGACUGCCAGAUGGUGGAGCGUGAUUCAUCACUCCAGAGAAUGUGUUUCCACUGCUCCAGAGUCCAAUGUCGGCGAGCUUUACACCACUCCAGCCGACGCGUGGCAUUGUGGAUGGUGAUCUUAGGCUUGUGUUCGGCUGCUCGGCCUUGAAAACCCAUUUCAUAAAGCUCCCGACAAACAGUUAUUGUGCUGACGUUGCUUCCAGAGGCAGUUUGGAACUCGGUAGUGAGCGUUGCAUCCGAGGACAGACGAUUUUUAAGCGCAACGCGCUUCAGCACUUGGCAGUCCCGUUCUUUGAGCUUAUGUGGGAUACCACUUCACGGCUGAGCCGUUGUUGCUCCUAGAAGUUUCCACUUCACAAUAACAGCACUUACAGUUGACCGGGGCAGCUCUAGCAGGGCAGAAAUUUGAUGAACUGACUUGUUGGAAAGGUGGCAUCCUUUGAAGAUGCCACGUUGAAUGUCACUGAGCUCUUCAGUACGGGCCAUUCUACUGCCAAUGUUUGUCUAUGGAGAUUGCAUGUGUGCGUGAACUCAAUUUUAUACACCUGUCAGCAACGGGUGUGGCUGAAAUAGCCGAAUCCACUAAUUUGAAGGGGUGUCCACAUACUUUCGUAUAUAUAGUGUAUAUAGAGCCUUGAAAAUAUCACACGUGGUGUGUGUGUGGUGUGUAUGUGUGUGUGUGUGUGUGUGUGUGUGUGUGUGUGUGUGUGUGUGUGUGUGUGUGUGUGUGUGUGUGUGUGUGCAUGUGUAGGUGUGUGUGAGAUUAUCUGGAAUUUCUAACACAUAGAAACACCAGCAAGAACAUAACACACAUGUACAAAGCUACGUAACAAAAUACAUUUUUUUCCGGAGCCUACUUGUCACUACAUGGAAUUCACACAUCACAACAUUCUCCGUCUAGUCUUCAGCCGUUGGUCUGUUGGCCGUUUUUCUUGUUUUGCUUUUUACUGUCUUGGUGCAAUGGAGCAUGUGAUUUAACAGCCGUUCAGCCCCAUUCAUGCAGACUAUUUCCUGGUGGGAGGGAAUGUGUCCCUCUCCUCAUUGGUAGUAACAAGGUAGACAAUGAUCACAAUGGCUACAACUGGACUGUAUGGGACUUACACAGACCAUAGAGGGCUACAGGGGGAGUAUUGGGGAAAAUGUGUGUUUUUCACUCCAACUUAGCUCAUUGGGAUGUUGUUUGAAGUGUAUUCUACUGCUGCCAUGUUUCUGUUCCAUUAACAUAACUCCAGAAAUACAGUGGCUGCAGACACAGCAUUUAAAGGGAGGGCUCCACAGGAAACUUAUGGAGUGCAGCCCCAAGCUAGGUGCACAUGGGAACGUAUGGUCCUGUGUCAAGCCAGAUCAAUGCCAGUUUAGCCUUUUGAGCUAUUUGCAUAUGAAAAUAUAAUGGGAUGCUGCUUAUGAUGGUACUGCUUAUUGCUUGGUUGUGUUCUGUUUUGUUGGUGGCCCUACUCAUUGAUGGUAAACAAAUAUUACAGUGUGAAGCUUAAACUGAAUCAGCUGAUUCUCACAAACAUUUUGUCAAUAGACUCUGAAAAUGGUUAUAUGAGCCAGACCCAGCUAUGGAUACCAGUGGGUGGGGGGCAUAGGCUAUACCGGGUCUGUAUGUCUGUCUGUCCGUCCAUCCGUCCGUCUGUCCAUCUGAUAAACUUGACAAUUACAAGUUGUGUAUAUAGUAUAUUGUUAGAUUUGCAGAGAUGACAGCAGUGAUACAGACAUUCUUGACAUUCCCCAAGAUGCUUUGACAUGGAUGCAUCCAGCUAUAGUCAACUCUACUGUUAUGUGCUGUACAUGUCCAUAAUGGAGAAUCAGCGGUUAGAAAUAAUAUUUUAAUACUCUUUAAUAUUUCUCUACAAGCAGAUGAGCUUGUCGCUAUGUUUGUAUACUGCUUUCUCUUUGCUCACUCAUAAUGCCAAGUAGAUGUCUGACAGACAGGCAUUCAUCAUACUGUAGCAAACACAACAUACUUUCCCACGAUGGCAGUUAUUUUACUCCCGGUCUGCAAUCCCUUAGUUUUAGUAGCUAUAGCCUAAAAUAGAUUAAAUGCAUCAGGAAAUACCUUGGGCUAAAGAGAGGUAUUUAAAUGGUUUAGCACAAUAACUACCGUUAUUUGAGCUUCUUACUGUGCUUCCAAAAGUAAACAAGCUAUAGGAAAUGUUUGUGCCAUUUGUAUAGUGGGAUUGUUGUGUGUGUACUGUAUAUGUCUGAGCUGGGUUCUGGAAUAACAGCACCUGCAUCGUUUCAUUGUUCUUAGACAGGGAUGGGCAACUGCGGCCCGCGGGCCCCUUUUGAAGGCUAUAUUUUUUUGGGGGGAACUCAGUUGGGGUCUCAACUUACUGUUGCGAGUUAGAAUUUUCUAAAUUUGGUUGUGUUAUGUAAGUCACUGAUAGUCAGUGAAUUAGCCCAUGUCAGCAAAAAAAAUUAGAUUGCUAAGUUAGUUCAGCUGUCAGCUAUCUAAACUUGUAUCAUGGUCGAAUAACCUGCUGGGGGGCCCCCAUUGAUUUUGUUAGUCAGUCUCACUCAGAUAUCAUAUUAAAAACUGCUAACAUUUCUCUCCACCCCAUGAGUAAGGGAGAAGUGAGAAGAUGCCAGAGAGGCAGAAGAGAGACGAUGAGAGAGAGACGGGAGAGAGGCAUGGACCUACACAGCAGAGAUGAGACCAAGAGAGAGAGAGGGAAGAGAGAGAGAGGGAGAGAGAGGAGAGAAGAGGGAGAGACGAGAGAGAGAGGAGAGACAAGAGAGGAGGCAGAGGAGAGUACACGAGAGAGAGAGGAGAGAGGCGAGAGGAGAGAGAGAGAGAGAGAGGAGACAGAGAGAGAGAGAAGGAGGGACGACGAGAGAGCGGAGAGAGACGGAGAGCACAGAGGAGAGAGUGUGAGAGAGAGGGAGAGAGGAGAGGAGGAGAGAGAGAGAGAGGGGAGACGACGGAGAGAGAGAGGAGAGAGAGAGAGAGAGAGAGGAGAGACGAGAGGAGAGAGGAAGACAAGAGAGAGAGAGAGAGAGAGAGAGGAGAGGGGAGAGAGAGAGGGAGAGAGGAGAGAGAGAGAGAGAGAGAGGAGACACAGAGCAGGACGACACAGCGAGAGAGAGACGAGGAGAUGGAGAGAGAGGGAAGACGGACAAAAGGAGACCGAGAGAGAGAGUAGAGAGUAUGAAGACAGAGCAGACGAGAGAGAGAGAGAGCCCAGAGCAGCAUGGGAGACACAGAGGACACAGAGAGCGAGACAGAGACAGAGAGAGAGAGACAGAGAGAGACCGAGACAGACCGAGACCGAGAGACCAACAUUUUGGGGAUCAUAUGCUAGACUGUUGAAACAUUUGUGAAAGUUUCUCCCCGGUCCACUAAUAAAUCUGUCUGAGGUGACAUGAUGGGACAGGUAUCCAGGAACUUUGCAGUUGAGAAUAACAUGUUAUUAAUACACAGCCUUAAAAUCACACUUCACAUUGUCACUACAACUAUGGAAAAGACAGCGGGAGAAAGUACAGAUGGAGAGAGAGAGUAACGAAGGGACACUUGGUGUGGAAUUUCCAAUGUUGGACAUAAAAGACUGUAAAAAUAAAAACAGGAGGAAAUCAGCUCCAAGUGAUUUUAAUUUAAGAAAUCUGUUCCCAAGUAUUCCCACGCAUAAUAGAGCGACACGUGACUGUAUACAAAUGCAAGGAAGGUUUGAAAUGAUUAUGUUUCAGUCAAACAUAUCUGUUUGGGAUUCUUGGGGUCAAUUUGCAGUCUACAAAUUAUUUGUAAUUAUGUUCCGGCUCCACCGACCAUCCACUCCAGAAAAAGAACGGCCCGCGGCUGAAUCUAGUUGAUGAUACCUGGAGUAUAGUGUUUGGGGAGGAGAGAGAAAGUAAGGAAAUUACAUAUACAUUGAGAAAGAGAGGAGGAGCGGAGAGAGAAGGAGAGAGAAGGAGAACAAAGGAAAGGGGGAGAUGGAUUGAGAGGUGAGUUGUUUUGGACUUGAAAGAGGGUGGGGGACUACUUGCAAUAAUAUUUGCCAAAGCGCUUUAUAGGAGAAUUUGAAAGGGAAUUCUCCUUUCCCCUUGGGAGACUCAGAGGGGAGUUAGGAACUGUAAGGCUGUACUGGAAAUAUUUACAGUGGGACCAGACCAGACCUACACCAGAAAAAUGACUUGCUCACUACAACGCAAAUAUUUGAGAGAGAGAGAGAGAGAGAGACUGGGAGAAAAGGUGAGGAAGGGACUGUGCUCUUUCUGUUGGGGGGGGGGGGGGGGGGGGGGGGGGGGGUUGGUGGAGUGGAUGGUGUGAGGUGACGCAUAGUUUGUUUUGGGGAGAAACCUUGGAAGGUGAGGUAUCUGUUUCAGGUAGUGUGGAGUGGUUGAAGAGAAUGAUGAGAGAACUGUGUUUCAGGCAAUAGCAUGUAGGGUUAUGGACAGAUCUCUGUUGUGUACACAUCUUUGAUGCUGAAGAUGGAAAGAAUGAGAACAGUGUGAAGUUUAUCCCUCUCAAACACACACUCAGUAUCCUCUCAUCUCAGAUCCUGGAUCAGUUCAUCCCUAUUCCCCAGAGUCAGGAUUAACACAGUCUUACCACAAUAGGCCAAGUCCAAGUUCUCAGUACCAGGACAGCAGCUGAGGGCAGCUGAGCCGAUCACUCACACACCUCCCUCAUAUUCCUGGCUAUGAAGCCCUCGUAAUCUUUACGGUUCUUGCUGUGCGGUCUCAGUGGUCGUGAGGCGGGGAAGGCAGAGCUCCAGAGUGUGUGUGUGGCGCUGCUCUCAAGGUUGAUCCCACCAUCUCCAUUAACGUGGAGGAAGUAAGCAGAAGGAUGAGGGGAGAGAGGGAUGAAAGCAAGAAGGGAAAGAGGGAGAGGAGGGGAGUAGAGACUUUCCGGUGGCUGUGCGCAUUUGGAUUCCUGAUCUCUAGGCCUCAGUGCUGAGUCUGAAGGUUGCUCACUCAGCCCAGAUGUGCACCUGACAAACAAAUCUCCUUCAGCUGACUCCAAACAAACACAAAUACACACACAGUCCCCUCUCCAUCAGCUGUCAAUGACCUUAGCUUCUUAUCCCUAAAACAGGCCUUCUCCUGGCAUUCUCAUGAAUUAACCAGACAACAGGUAGUAAAGCUUUUUCAUACUGUCAAUAAAUCCAGUCUUUAUAGGGAGGAAACUACCACGAUAAAAUCCUAUUCAGCAUUUUACUGCAUGAUUUUAAAACCAGUUGCGAUGUUGUGAAUUUUACUUUAAUGGAGGCCUUCUACAUGAGUGUGGGUGUGAGGGGGUGGGGGGGAUGUGUGUGUUCAUGUUUGCCUUUGUCUGUGUAUGUGUGCACAGCGCUUUGCAUGUGUACUUUCCUGCUUUUUGUUAUUUUGAGAAAAUGCCUAUGGAGAUUGGACACAGACUUUUCCGAAGGCACAAUAUAUCUCCCCCCCACCACCACUAAAAAGUAGCACUGUAACGUUAGUGCAGUCCAUUGACUCUAACAACAUCCCAUAAUACUUCACCAGGUCAGAUCACACGACAGCACCGCUAACCACUUCCUGACACACACCCCGGCAACAGGUUGCCUGGUCUGUAUGAAGCCCAGUCAUUCCUUCCCCAGUCCCCUAUCAAUAGAGUCAACACAGGGAGAGACACACACACACACACACACACACACACACACACACACACACACACACACACACACACACACACACACACACACACACACACACACACACACACACACACAGAGAGAAAGCCAGGGGAUGCCUAAACCAAUAAGGCAGUGGUUUCUCAUAAUUUCCGACAGCCUGUCCUCUCUCUUUGCCCCAUGAACCUGUUAACUUGGCAUACACACACUUCUCUGCCUCAAACGUAUUCCCUAAUUUUCCUCCAAAACACUUCUGUGUGCCCUGGAACUGUUAUGGAGCAGUGCUACGUUUUCAUAUGCAAUAAGUAUCCCUUGGAACCCCAACAACGCCUAACAUCUGAGCCUAAAGAGGCCGGAGCAUUGCUUCCUGUGUGGACCGGCCAAGGAACAUUUAGCAGUUGCUAUAGUUGCACUGGCGUCAAAGUGACAGAAUGAGCCUGCAGAGCCUCUUGGAGACGGUCGAUGGCUGAGUCUCAACAACACAUGUGUCUUCAUGUAGGAUUUUGGCCUCAAGUAUAGCGCACUGAAUGGGGGAAUCAGUGUCAUUGGACAUUUCUAACUUGGGCCAGAAUUCAAUCUUGAUUUUCAUCACUGCACUUUCAGAAAGUGUGGAAGGAGUGAAUUCCAGCCUUGGCCAUUGUGAAGAGCAGCUGUGUGUGUUGGAGUGGCAACUGUCCCUAAUGUUGUUAUGGACAGCUUCAGUACACAGAGUCCUACAGGAGACACAGCAUUGGCUUGAGGACUUGAUGAUAUCCUGUUGUUUUUGUUGUUGUUAUUGAUAUUCUCUCUCUCUCUCUCUCUCUCUCUCUCUCUCUCGCUCUCUCUCUCUCUCUCUCUCUCUCUCUCUCAGAAAUCACUGUGCGUAUGUGGUACAGAAAAACAUCACAUGUACGAUGCAGGACGGCAUGGCCACCUAUGUGACGGCAGAGUACACCACCAAGUGCAUCUGGGGGCAGAAGUGUCCUGUCGUCAUGUAAGUACACUUCACUUGCUCACGCACACACAUUUAUACUGACUCUGCACACAUUCAAUCAUCAUAUACGCUGCUGCUACUCUGUUUAUCAUACUGUAAUCCUGAUGCCUAGUCACCUUAUCCCUAUACAUAUCUAACCCUACCACUCCAGUAUCCCUGCACAUUAAAUAUGGUAAAUAAGGUAUUGUCACUGACCUUAGAACUGACCCUGUAUAUAGCUUACUUACUUUUUAUAGCUUACUUACUUUUUUUAUAGUACUACUGCAUUGUUGGAAAAGGAAAAUAAAAACAUAAAACUUGAAACUAUAUAAUUACUGUAGUCAAUUCAGACCCAGCAGCUUCUGACACUCAUACUAACAGUAACAGGAGGUUGAAAAAGAUACUGACUAUGAGACUCAACCACUGUUGUACACUUUCAUGACUGACACGGGGCGCUGUUUGGAAGCAACCGUGCACCCAUUAUGGUACUCCUAUUGCAAACAAGAUUUUGGAAGCUAUAGAAAGGCAUGUUAUAAUGUCUACAUUCGUUUUUGACAAGUAUAUUCUAUUACAAACACCUUAAUGCAUACUUUUAAAUGAUAUUAUGUGAACUGAACAUAACAUUUUUUAAUUAAAUAUAAAAACCAAAUUCCUCAUAGUAUGUUUUUGUGCUGCCCUCUGGUGGUGUCAGUUUGUACUACUAGUUAACGCCAUACUGUCCCCUCCAGCUGCUCUCCCAGCUGUUCUUUUUUGUCAGUGGCUCUGUGACUCUGAACCGGCCUCAGGGGUUUGAAAGUGUUAAUGCUCUGCUUGUUUUCACAAUAAUUGGAUUGUGUGCAUGCAUGUGUAUGUUUGUGCGUGUGUCCAUUUGUGCGUGCGUGCACUCAUCUCUGCAAUGACGUUGUGAGCUGGGAUGUCAGAUUCUCUCCAGUGUGACUGAAGCCUCUCAAAGGUCCUCUGCAGUGACAUCACAGAGAGAAAUAGUCAAAGGAUUUCUACUUCAAAUAAAAUGGAGGGAAUCAGAAAUACAGAUGGAGGGAGCGAGAGAGAAAGAAAGAGAGAGAUCACUAUUCUUCAUUAGAAGAGUGGUGUAGACCCUUUAGUAAGAUAACAGGCGUAGUGAGGGUAAGGAAGCUGAGGCUAUAUCAUCACACUACACCGAUCCCCUAAUCUACCCUUUAUACCCUCCACGGUCUCAUUAUACACACCCUGAUCCUUUGAUCUCACUUUCAGACCUCUUGUUACCUGCUCUCUCCUCCUCUCCGUCCUCCAAUUCUUCUCUCUCCUCUCCAUCCUCUAUUUCUUCUCUCUCCUCCUCCCCAUCCUCCACUUCAGGUACCGGACCUUCUACAAGCCUAAAUACAAGGUGGGUUAUAAAACCAUCACUGAGCUGGAGUGGAGGUGUUGUCCUGGCUACUCUGGAGAGAACUGCUACGAUGGACACACCUCCCUGCCCGAUAUGAUGCCCCCCUUCAAGGGUGGUGCCCCCCACCGCCCAGGGAUGAAGGGGUACCCUCACGGGCAGCCCCGACCCCCCUUGGACCACAAACCUGUCCCUGGGGGGGCUAAUCUGGAGCCUGGGAGGCCCUUCCCAAAUCAGCCUGAUAGCAAACCCAUCCCCACUGGACAACUGCCCACCGGGAACAGCAAACCCAACUAUGGUGAGACCAGACAGGGGUGGAAUAUUAACCAAUUUAUAUUUUCAAACCCUUUACUCUUCCCUCUCCUCCCCUUGCCCUAUGUAAUCAUUUUUUUAUUUCUCUCUAGGUUAUAAAGUUGGUGUUAGCGGAGAACGUCUGGAGCGUAUGGAGGAGGACCUGCGUCGCCUAACCCAGGGUCUGGACACUCUGAACGGGGUGGUGGCUGGCCUGGAGGACCGUCUGCGCCUCUCUCUCCGGGAGGAUACUAACAAGAUGCUGGGCUCCCUGCUCUCCACUGCCCCCCGUCUCUCUGACUCCUCCGUUGGCUUCGGAGUGAUCCCAGACGGCUUGGAGGGGGGAGAGGGUUUCCCCGAGUUUGGGGAUCUGGCUGGGAGGGUGACGGAGGUGAAAGAUGAGCUCAGAGCCAAGGGACACAUGCUGGAGGAGAUACAGGUGGGUGCUACAAUUUUGUCAUUAGAAUAGUUUAUGCUAGAUUAUGGAAAUAUAGAAAAACAAGCAGAUGUCCAAAUCAAAAAUCAAACCUUUUUACACUGAGAUUCUGUAUAUCUUUGGCUUCGCACUGACCUAUUCCCACACAAUGUCAACCACUUACAGUGUCAAAGGGUCAACCUCCCGAGUGGCGCAGUGGUAGCUGUGCCACUAGAGAUCCUGGUUUGAAUCCAGGCUCUGUCGUAGCCGGCCGCAACCGGGAGACCCAUGGGGCGGCGCACAAUUGGCCCAGCGUCGUCCAGGGUAGGGGAGGGAAUGGCCGGCAGGGAUGUAGCUCAGUUGGUAGAGCAUGGCGUUUGCAACGCCAGGGUUGUGGGUUCGAUUCCCACGGGGGGCCAGUAUGAAAAAAUAAACAAUUAUGUAUGCACUCACUAACUGUAAGUCGCUCUGGAUAAGAGCGUCUGCUAAAUGACUAAAAUGUUAAAAUGUAAAAUAUAAUUGUCAUUCUCAUUCAUUAGGGCAUGGUUCUGGGCCAUGACGGGCAGCUAAAGAGGCUGUUGGAGGCUGCGACCGGCAGGCCCAUCCCUGGAUCGGGCUCUCCCUCCAUCCUGGAGGAGCUGCUGGAUGCUAAGCUAGCCGACGUCCGUGCUGAGAUCCUGGACGGCUUCGAGAGGCGUCUGUCUGGCCUGGAGAACCACUGUGAGGAGAGGAUAGGGGAGGUCCAGAGACAGUGUCAUAAUGAACACAUGAACGGACAGGAGCAGAUUCAGCAGUCCCUGGACGGCAGAGAGACUGGCCUGAGAGAGGAGCUGGGUACUCUGCAGGCCCAAAUACAGGGACUGACCCUCACUGAGAGCUGCUGCGGACAGGUACCAAUUCACUUUGGGGCUCUAUUCAAUCCGCAUCACGGAAGUUCAGCGUUACAGCGUGAUUUAAAUUUAAAGGCAAUCUUCCCGCUUUAGCAGAGACAGCAUUCACAGUAAACGCUGCAUAUGACGGCUCAAUCGAAAAUGUGCUUUACAUUUCUAUCGCACAAUCUGUAACGCUUCAGCAAUACAGAUUGAUUGGCGGACAUGCAUGUUUUUAUUGAGGCAACAGAAAUACAUCAAUACUUCAAACACUAGCUACCACAUCAAAUGCUAUGGGCAUACACGCCUUGAAAAAUGUAAUGUGAAAAAUUGGGUAACAGUUAAUAUUAGAUGUAAAUAUGAAACAUUCAUGUAAAUAUUACCCCUAUUGUAAUAUAAAGUCAUUUAUUGUAAGCCUCUGUCUGUGGAUAACAGUAUCUACUAAAUGGCUUAAACAUGUACAUGACUAUUGGCUUAUUGCUACACUACAUGCCUGACAUGUGACUAUCAUUGCAGGUGAACAGCCUGUCCCAGAGGGUGUUGAUGCUAGAGGAGUCAGUGACGGGGUUAACAGAGUCUCAGCGCCAGCUCCAGGCUGCUCUCACUGACCAGACCAUCCACAUCGAGACCCUGAUAGAGGCCCGUCUGGAGAACAUGGAUGCCCGGCUCAAUGCCACCGAGACUGGGGAAGUAGGGCUUGGCGGGGUGCCUGGGGGCCUGGACGGCUUCAAGACCCUGCUGGAGGACAAGCUGAAGACCAUGGAGGACAGGGUGUUUAUGGCCGUGGAAGAGCUGAGGAACGCCACUGCCCCGGCUCUGCUGGAGGGUCAGGUGGUACCUGCCCUGGAGACAGAGAUCGAGUCGGUCAGGAGGAGGGUGGAGGGAGACCUGGACGGCAUCCAGAAACAACUAACAGACCUGGAGCUCCUCUGCACCUCUUCCUGCUCCCCCGUCACUCCUCCUGGAGGAGGCGCAGGGACAGGCCUAGCGGAGAUGGAGGAGGAGUGUGAGGAGGUGGAGAAGAAGGUGUCAGGUCGUCUGGACUCCCACGCCAACCAGCUAAACCAUCUCAACACCACCCUGCAGACCCUCCUGAACCGUAUCGCCCAGGAGGACGAGGAAGGCUCUGUCCAGGGAGAGAUCACCCUCCUCAAGAUCAAUGUCAACUCUGUCAACCGCACCCUGAAGGGCCUGAGGGACUCUGUUAGCCUGUUUACUAAGGAAGUGGGCCAUGCUAACGCCACGUGGACACACAGGGAGAACCAGCUAGCCACCGAGGUCCAGGGCAUCACCCAGCUGGUGGAGCGCCAGGCCUCCCUCCUAGGGGCUGGGGAGCGACGACUAGCCCAGCUGAAGGGAGAACUGGUGGGCCUGAGGAGGAGGCUGGCCGGGGAGCUGCAGGGCUGCUGGAGCACGGCCUUGGGGGUGCAGAGGGAGGUGAAGGAGGUGGAUAGUCGUGUGUCCCAGGUGGAGGGACAGUGUGGCAGCCUGGGGGAGCUGGCGGACCACCUGGAGAGGAUCAGGGCAGAGCUGGAGAGACACUCUGACUCGUACCUGUCACAGGUGAAUGGAACGCUGGCCAGUCACUCUACACAGCUGGCCGAGCUGAAGGGAGAGAUCAAAGACUGUGUCGGGAAGGGCUCAGCCAAUCAGAGAGAAGACCAGUAGCAGCCGAGCUACAGAGAGAGACUUGUGUGUGUCCAUAGUGUGAAGAGGAUUCCCAUUCUCGUCUGCUUUCCUUCAUCUGCUCUGAUGGGAAAGGUGAGAAGAAAUUCCGAGCAGGAUUCCAUCAUGUUGCUUUGACCUACCCUGCCUGUUCAGAUCAGUGAAGGAGAGGAAAUGAGGAGAAGAGGCCAUUUGAAAAUAUUGAAAUGCACCCUUGGUUGUAUAGUUGGGCAAUAUUUUCCCUAAAGGGGCAUUUUUUUGUUGUUGUUUUUUUCUGAUCUUUUUGUUGUUUUUACAUUUUAUUUGGAUUUUUAACUGACUUUUUAACUUAUAUGAAGAAAAGAUGGUUGCAUUGUUAUCCUGUAUGUACAGUGAGGGAAAAAAGUAUUUGAUCCCCUGCUGAUUUUGUACGUUUGCCCACUGACAAAGACAUGAUCAGUCUAUAAUUUUAAUGGUAGGUUUAUUUGAACAGUGAGAGACAGAAUAACAACAAAAAAAUCCAGAAAAACACAUAUCAAAAAUGUUAUGAAUUGAUUUGCAUUUUAAUGAGGGAAAUAAGUAUUUGACCCCUCUGCAAAACAUGACUUAGUACUUGGUGGCAAAACCCUUGUUGGCAAUCACAGCGGUCAGACAUUUCUUGUAGUUGGCCACCAGGUCUGCACACAUCUCAGGAGGGAUUUUGUUCCACUCCUCUUUGCAGAUUUUCUCCAAGUCAUUAAGGUUGAGGCUGAUGUUUGGCAACUCAAACCUUCAGCUCCCUCCACAGAUGUUCUAUGGGAUUAAGGUCUGGAGACUGGCUAGGCCACUCCAGGACCUUAAUGUGCUUCUUCUUGAGCCACUCCUUUGUUGCCUUGGCCGUGUGUUUUGGGACAUUGUCAUGCUGGAAUACCCAUCCACGACCCAUUUUCAAUGCCCUGGCUGAGGGAAGGAGGUUCUCACCCAAGAUUUGACGGUACAUGGCCCCGUCCAUUGUCCCUUUGAUGCGGUGAAGUUGUCCUGUCCCCUUAGCAGAAAAACACCCCCAAAGCAUAAUGUUUCCACCUCCAUGUUUGACGGUGGGGAUGGUGUUCUUGGGGUCAUAGGUAGCAUUCCUCCUCCUCCAAACAUGGCGAGUUAAGUUGAUGCCAAAGAGCUCCAUUUUGGUCUCAUCUGACCACAACACUUUCACCCAGUUCUCAUCUGAAUCAUUCAGAUGUUCAUUGGCAAACUUCAGACGGGCCUGUAUAUGUGCUUUCUUGAGCAGGGGGACCUUGCGGGCGCUGCAGGAUUUCAGUCCUUCACGGCGUAGUGUGUUACCAAUUGUUUUCUUGGUGACUAUGGUCCCAGCUGCCUUGAGAUCGUUGACAAGAUCCUCCCGUGUAGUUCUGGGCUGAUUCCUCACCGUUCUCAUGAUCAUUGCAACUCCACGAGGUGAGAUCUUGCAUGGAGCCCCAGGCCAAGGGAGAUUGACAGUUAUUUUGUGUUUCUUCCAUUUGCGAAUAAUCGCACCAACUGUUGUCACCUUCUCACCAAGCUGCUUGGCGAUGGUCUUGUAGCCCAUUCCAGCCUUGUGUAGGUCUACAAUCUUGUCCCUGACAUCCUUGGAGAGCUCUUUGGUCUUGGCCAUGGUGGAGAGUUUGGAAUCUGAUUGAUUGAGUGCUUCUGUGGACAGGUGUCUUUUAUACAGGUAAAAAACUGAGAUUAGGAGCACUCCCUCUCUAAGAGUGUGCUCCAAAUCUCAGCUCGUUACCUGUAUAAAAGACACCUGGGACCCAAAAAUCUUUCUGAUUGAGAGGGGGUCAAAUACUUAUUUCCCUCAUUAAAAUGCAAAUCAAUUUAUAACAUUUCUGACAUGUGUUUUUCUGGAUUUUUUUGUUGUUAUUCUGUCUCUCACUGUUCAAAUUAACCUACCAUUAAAAUUAUAGACUGAUCAUUUCUUUGUCAGUGGGUAAACUUACAAAAUCAGCAGGGGAUCAAAUACUUUUUUCCCUCACUGUAUUAGAGAUAUGUGUGUAAAACCAAUAACAAAAACAAAGUGAAUGAUAUGAGACUAAUGAACUGCUACGGUUUCUACUGGCAAACACAUUCCACUCUCUGUAUGGACUGUUCCUUUAAAAAUACUGUAGCGUAUGUCAUCAUGAAAGGUGCUAUAAUAUUUUUUAUUUUUGUAAAAAGAAAUGUAUUUCUCCUUAAAGUUUUGUGUUUUCUUCUUUGGCCAUUCUGAUAUCUAAGACGUAACAGUAGUAUGCUGAAUAGUUUUGAUACAAAAGGUGCACUAGUAGCCUGGUGCCAGAUCUGUUUGUGCUUUUUCCAUUUCCAUUGCUCAUUGUCAAGCCAAACAAUGAGUGACAGGCAGUUGACAUGAUGGCACAAACCAACUUGCGCUCAGGCUAGGUCACUAGGCCUACUCAUACAAAAAAACUCACAUUACCCAUGCAAGCUAAGGUAACUGAUCUAAAUGACUAUCACCCCGUAGAACUGACCUUGGUCAUCAUGAAGUGCUUUGAGAGUCAAGGACCAUAUAACCUUCACCAACACCCUAGAUCCCCUACAAUUUGCAUACCACCAACAGAUCCAUGGAUGACUAAAUUGCCUUGGCACUGCACACCACCCUAUCCCACCUGGACAAGAGGAAUAUCUAUGUGAGAACGCUGUUCAUCGACUACAGCUCAGUUUUCAACACCAUAGUGCCCUCCAAGCUCGUCACUAAGCUCAGGGCCCUGGGUCUGAACUCCUCCUGCAACUGGGUCCUAGACUUCCUGACAGGCCAACACCAGGUGGUGAGGAUAGACAACAACAACUCUGCCAUGCUGACCGUCAACACGGGGGCCCCGCAGGGGUGCGUGCUCAUCCCACUCCUGUACACCCAUGACUGUGUGGCCGAUCACGACUCCAACUAAAUCAUCAAGUUUGCUGACGACACAACAGUGGUAGGCCUGAUUACCAGAACAACGAGACCGCCACCAGCGAGGAGGUUAGAGCACUGGCGAAGUGGUGCCAGGAAAAUAACCUCUCCAUCAAUGUCAACAAAACAAAGAGGCUGAUCGUGGACUACAGCAGACAGAAGAGGGAGCACGCCCCCAUCCACAUCCACGGGCCGCAGUCUAGAGGUUAAAAAGCUUCAAGUUCCUUCGCUUGCACAUCACUGAGGACCUGAAAUGGGCCCACCACACCGACACUGUGGUGAAGAAGGUGCAACAGAGCCUCUUCAACCUCAGGCGGCUGAAGAAAUUCGGCAUGGCCCCUAAGACCAUCACAAACUUCUACAGAUGCACCAUUGAGAGCAUUCUGUCGGGCUGCAUCACCACCUGUUAUGGCGACUGCACCGCCCUCAACUGCAUGGCUCUCCAGAGGGUGGUGCGGUCAGCCCAACGCAUCACGGGGGGGCACACUGCCUGCCCUCCAGGACAUUUACAGCACUCAGUGUCAAAGAAAGGCCAAGAAGAUCAUUAAGGACCUUAGUCACCCGAGCCACAGUCUGUUCACUCGGAUGCUGUCUAACAGAGAAGGUUCAGGUGCAUCAGAGCCGGGACUGAGAGACUGAAAAACAGCUUCUAUCACCAGGCCAUCACCCUGUUGAACAGCCAUCACGAGCUGGCUACCUGCCCGGUACUCUGCCCUGCACCUUGAGACUAAUGCCCCAUGUGAGACAUUGAACACUGGUAACUUCAUGUACUGUUUCUAUACUGUUGCUUACUCACUGUGUAUGUAUAUACUGUAUUCUCCACAUAGCCCAUCCUAAUAUACCUAAUACUGUACAUACCAUUUUCUUUUCCAAAUUAUAUACUGUUUAUACACACUACAUAUUUAUAUUCUGUAUUCUGAAACUGCUCACGCUAAUAUACAGUAUCUUUGGAUUGUUAAUUGGACUAGUUCUGACAGUUCUUGAUUUAUUGUUUUGAUUAUUUGUGUAUUUGUAUUGUAUUUGUGAGACAUUCUACUGCACUGUUGGAGCUAGUAACAUAAGCAUUUCACUGCACCUGCUAUUACACCUGCAAAUCUGUGUACGCAACCAAUAAACUCUGAUUUGACAUUUCUCAUGUUUUGAUGCAGUUCUAAGAAUAACCAGCAGGAGGCAUCAAAUCCUCUGAUAAUGACAGAGGUUUUGUGGUUUAUUCUUUAGUAUUUCAAUGGUAUUUCCAACACACAGGAAUAGUAUGUUCAACCUACCCUCCUUAUCAUGGACUGCACAUUACAUACCAUUCCCUUCACAGAACAAUAUAUUUUCCAUGCCAGGUGGACUAGACUAUCGGACUAGAGAGUAAACAGAAGGACAGGAUAUGACUCAGCACUGUCUCCAGGAUGGGGAGGCUUCAGAGGAAAAUGAUUUAGAAGAGAGAAAAGGGUGGCAGUGAAAGGAGGGGGAGGGAGGGUGAGAGUGGAGAGAUGGGGAACGCUGCUGUGGUUGGCAGUGUUAGAGAUGGAAGGGUGUGAAGGAGAAAGAGUGACAUUGGAAGAGAGGAAGGGAGGAUGGUGUUUGAGGAGCAGAUGGGUGUACAGGCGUCACUCGUGUCCCUGACAGAUAUGCAGGCAGGAGUCACAACAAGGCUGUGGAACUGCUGUGAUAGAAUGCACGCACACACACACUAAUAGAAAACACACACAGCAGGAUAGAGCAAAUACACAAACAGCGUGAGCUGAGCCCCAUGGGCAGGGAACAGCUGGGUGCCCGCUCCAGCCCACUUUACCCUCACCCUCCCUGGGGACACAGCGAGGCACAGAGGGACCCAACCCUGGAUGACCUAGAGAACAGACAAACAGGAUGGAGAGAAAGAGCGAGAGCAGCUCUCUGGCUUGUCUCUCUCUGUGCUGAUAUGAAUGGAAGUGACUGAAUGCAGCCAAAACACACACAUAAUAUGAACAGAGUGCUACCCAUAGAAUUAGGAAUGAAGUAAUUUAAUAAGAUGGUGCUGCCAUUCUUCAGCACUGGAGGCCAACUCUUUCAUUAGUGGCAUAGAUUUCAAUUAAAGACACUGCUGGAGAGAGGCACAAACACACAUACACACACAAAUAUAAACGCAACGUCAAAGAUUUUACUGAGUUACAGUUCAUAUAAGGAAAUAAGUCAAUUGAAAUAAAUAAAUUAGGCCCUAAUCUAUGAAUUUCACAUGACUGGGAAUACAGAUAUGCAUCUGUUGGUCACAGAUACCUUACAAAAAAGUAGGGGCGUGGAUCAGAAAACCAGUCAGUAUCUGGUGUGACCACCAUUUUCCUCAUGCAGUGCGACACAUCCCCUUCUCAUAGAGUUGAUCAGGCUGUUGAUUGUGGCCUGUGGAAUGUUGUCCCAUUCCUCUUCAAUGGCUGUGCGAAAUUGCUGGAUAUUGGCGGGAACUGGAACACCCUGUCGUACACGUCGAUCCAGAACAUCCCAAACAUGCUCAAUGGGUGACAUAUCUGGUGAGUAUGCAGGCCAUGGAAAAACUGGGAAAUGUUCCGCUUCCAGGAAUUGUGUACAGAUCCUUCCGAUCUCGUCUCGGUAUCUCUGUGCAUUCAAAUUGCCAUCGAUAAAAUGCAAUUGUGUUUGUUAUCCGUAGCUUAUGCCUGCCCAUACCAUAACCCCACCACCACCACCAUGUUCACAACGUUGACAUCAGCAAACCGCUCGCCCAAAUGACGGCAUACACGUAGUCGGUUGGACGUAUUGCCAAUUUCUCUAAAACAACUUAUGGUAGAGAAAUUAACAUUACAUUCUCUGGCAACAGCUCUGGUGGACAGUCCUGCAGUCAGCAUGCCAAUUGCACGCCCCCUCAAAACUUGAGACAUCUGUGGCAUUGUGUUGUGUGACAAAACUCCACAUUUUAGAGUGGCCUUUUAUUAUCCCCAGCACAAGGUGCACCUGUGUAAUGAUCAUGCUGUUUAAUCAGCUUCUUGAUAUGCUACAUCUGUCAGGUGGAUGGAUUAUCUUGGCAAAGGAGAAAUGCUCACUAACAGGGAUGUAAACAAAUGUGCACAACAUUUGAGAUAAAUAAGCUUUGUCCGAAUGGAAAAUUUCAGGGAUCUUUUAUUUCAGCUCAUGAAACAUGGGACCAACACUUUACAUGUUGCGUUUAUAUUUUGGUUCAGUGUACACUCCCAGUCAAAAGUUUUAGAACAUCUACUCAUUCAAGGGUUUUUCUUUAUUUUUACUAUUUUCUACAUUAUAGAAUAAUAGUGAAGACAUCAAAACUAUGAAAUAACACAUAUGGAAUCAUGUAGUAACCAAAAAAGUGUUAAACAAAUCAAAAUAUAUUUUAUAUUUGAGAUUUUUCAAAUAGCCACCCAUUGCCUAGAUGACAGCUUUGCACACUCUUGGCAUUCUCUCAACCAUCUUAAUGAGGUAGUCACCUGGAAUGCAUUUCAAUUAACAGGUGUGCCUUGUUAAAAGUUAAUUUGUGGAAUUUCUUUCCAUCUUAAUACGUUUGAGCCAAUCAGUUGUGUUGUGGCAAUGUAAGGGGGGUAUACAGAAGUUUGCCCUAUUUGGUAAAAGACCAAGUCCAUAUUAUGGCAAGAACAGCUCAAAUAAGCAAAGAGAAACGACAAUCCAUCAUUACUUUAAGACAAGAAGGUCAGUCAAUACAGAACAUUUCAAGAACUUUGAAAGUUUCUUCAAGUGCAUUCGCAAAAACCGUCAAGCGCUAUGAUGAAACUGGCUCUCACGAGGACCGCAACAGGAAUGGAAGACCCAGAGUUACCUCUGCUGCAGAGCAUAAAUUCAUUAGAAUAACCAGCCUCAGAAAUUGCAGCCAAAAUAAAUGCUUUACAGAGUUCAAGUCACAGACACAGCUUAACCUCAACUGUUCAGAGGAGACUGUGUGAAUCAGGCCUUCAUGGUUGAAUUGCUGCACCGAAACAACUACUAAAGGACACCAAUAAUAAGAAGAGACUUGCUUGGGCCAAGAAACACGAGCAAUGGACAUUAGACCGGUGAAAAUGUGUCCUUUGGUCUGGAGUCCAAAUUGGAGAUUUUUGGUUCCAAUCGCCGUGUGAGACGUGGUGUGGGUGAACGGAGGAUCUCUGCAUGUGUAUUUCCCACCGUAAAGCCUAGAGGAGGAGGUGUUAUGGUGUGGGGGUGCUUUGCUGGUGACACUGUCUGUGAUUUAUUUAGAAUUCAAGGCACACUUAACCAGCAUGGCUACCACAGCAUUCUGCAGCAAUAUGCAAUCCCAUCUGGUUUGGGCUUAGUGGGACUAUCAUUUGUUUUUCAACAGGACAAUGACCCAACACACCUCCAGGCUGUGUAAGGGCUAUUUUACCAAGAAGGUGAGUGAUGGAGUGCUGCAUCAGAUGACCUGGCCUCCACAAUCCCCCGACCUCAACAAAGUUGAGAUGGUUUGGAAUGAGCUGGACCGCAGAGUAAAGGAAAAGCAGCCAACAAGUGCUCAGCAUAUGUGGGAACUCCUUCAAGACUGUUGGAAAAGCAUUCCAGGUGAAGCUGGUUGAGAGAAUGCCAAGAGUGUGCAAAGCUGUCAUCAAGGCAAAGGGUGGCUAUUUGAAAGAUCUCAAAUAUAAAAUAUAUUUUGAUUUGUUUUAACACUUUUUUGGUUACUACAUGAUUCCAUAUGUGUUAUUUCAUAGUUUUGAUGUCUUCACUAUUAUUCUACAAUGUAGAAAAUAGUAAAAAUAAAGAAAUACCCUUGAAUGAGUAGUUGUUCUAAAACUUUUGACCGGGAGUGUUCAUAAACAUACAUAUAUACAUAGGCACGCACAUUCCCCGGGCGCCGAUGACAUGGACGUCGAUUAAGGCAGCCUCCCACACCUCUCUGAUUCAGAGGGGUUGAGUUAAAUGCGGAAGACACAUUGAGUGCAUUCAGUUGUGCAACAGAUUAGGUAUACCCUUUCACACAUGUUUUUCUGAUAAAACCGUCAAAAGCAUUGCGUGUCACUGCACGGGGUGUAUAUGAAUGAAUGAGCAAAUAUGACCAUAUAACACAGUAAAAUGCCAUGGCAUAUGUCUCCUAGUGGUUUUAGACGAUUUAAUGGAGCCAAAUGAAAAGGCAGGUGACUGCAGUGGCCUAACCUGAGGAGAUGUGCUGCUGCUGAUGUUCUAAAUGCAGCUCUGUGACCCUCCUCUCACUCCCUUUCUCACACACACUCUGCUGUGACGGAUAAGGACACACACACACACACACACAAUUAAACAACCAAAACCUUUGUCCCAGGCACUAAUCUGAUACAGAACAGCUGUGCAGUGGAGAGACUAGAGUUCUGUUAACAGGAGACAUGAUCUGGUCUAUUUCUCCUAGAGUACUGGGGUGAUUGGCUCUGACCACUCCCUCUUCCUCUUCUCCUUACUCCUCCAACUUUCUUCUAUUUCUAGCUCUUUUCUGAACCAAUGUGUCCCCCCUCACUUCAAUCAUUUCAGAGCACCCGGACAUCGUUUAAAGUUAAUUUUAUUGGUGUACUUUGACAAUAACAACGAUGAAAAACUCCAUCAUACAAAUGUUCAAUAAUCAAAAGAUAAUAAUGCAGAUAAACAGACAGACGUAAGGCUGACAUCAAGUUUUACAAGUGGCUUCAGAUGGCUUCAAUUCAAGGAGAAAUAAAGUCCUUACAAUCAGAGAUAUAUUUAUAAUAUAGUCAUUUAUUUAUUCAUCUUUUAAUUUGCCUUUAUACAAAAACACCUUUUGGGGGUGUAUAAUCUGGAGUUGGUAGCAGUUGGAGUAUGGUUUAGGGUCCUUGUUCCAUUACUAGUCUAUAAGCAUAUGGUGUUUUUGGCUGAUGUAGUUCUCCCUACGCCCUAUAAGCAGUGCUUGACUUGGACUGAAAUAGGUUCCGGUACUCAUUUUGGGUGCCGUUACUGUUCAUAUUUAGGUGCAGGAGCUCCACAAUACUUUUGAGUUAAUAUUCUAUAAAAGGAACAGGAGCUCAAGCAGUAGAACAUUUGAGGUGCCGGUACUCGGCUCUGGUGAGCUCCUGCCCAAGUCAAGCACUGCCUAUAAGCUACACCUUAACCCUACACCUAAAUCUUACCACUUUAGACUACUGAGAUGACCCACAUCCUCUACUUCAUGACAAGGGGAACUAUUCCAGAAUGCUGAUGGGUUCUAAUGCUGAUGGACUAACCCUCACAUUAUUCCUUAUCUACAAUGAGUUGGUAACCAAUAACGUGAAAGUGUUUAUGUAGCGCUGGAUGAGGUUCAGUAGUUCCAUGGCACCAGAAAGACCUCAGCGGAGCCUCUAGGUCGUAGGGAUUUAAGACCUUUUAUUUCUCUUUUCGAUAACACAAGACACAAUAAUAUUUACAGAGCGGACAUUUAUCUUAUAUGCACCUUUUUCUUCUUCUUCUUCUUCUUCUUCAAUUUAAAUAGAUGUGCUCAUAAAAAAUUAAAAAGUGUGAAAACACUGAAAUAAAUUAAAGAGGUUUUUAUUAAGGCUUGCCAGUCUGUCAGGGCGUCGGUGCUCAUCUCUGAGACGACUAGCCUCCAUGAUUAUCCAGUCUGCUACAUGUACGUCUAGACAGAAUAAUAACAGAGGCUAGCCAUACCAGGGAUGAGCAGCGCUGGGCCCUUCAUUUGGACUGGCACAGAAUGGAUCAGAUCAUGGCUCUGCUAGGUCAGAGAGGAGCCUGACAAGAUUGGGGCGUUGCAGCACAGGGACACACCUGGCUGAGCUCUGGGCUUACAACACUGACACAGGAUCAGUUAGAACAACAAUCUAAACCCCAUUGUCUUCCGGCAGAUGGAGUCUUUCUAACGGGACAUGCCGUUAGACGGUCGUUGCGCUAUCUGAUGGAAGACAAUGCCUAAACCAAGGUGCCCCCAGUCCUUGAGAGCUGUAGCACUGUAAAGAGAAAACAAAUGUCACUGGUUCAAGGCAAAGGAACAGAACCAGUGGCUGCAGGCCUCGAGGUCUGGGCUGGGGUUAACUCAGAACUGACAGACAGCAGGGGGAUUCACACCCAGGCCUCAGGUCAGCACUACUGCAGGGUUUUACUCCUCUCCUCCUCCAGCAGUACUAG